UUGGCUGGAUUGGUGAGGGGGAGGAGCUAAUGUGGCUGGCAGACCCUGAAGAGUCCACAAUCCCUGGCUGUGUACCUACAACGUCACCAUGAAGAUCGCCUUGGUGAGCAUCUUUUUGCUGAUGCCUCUGAUUGACCUCCACGCCAGCAUCCAACCGCAGAAAAACUUUGACCUUCAGAGGUUUGCAGGGAGGUGGUAUCGGGUCGGUCUGGCCUAUGAUUCCCCAGGUUUUGUGCGGCACAGAAGCAAACUCACCAUCUCUAUGGGCACAGUGGAGCCGAAGGAGAACGGGAACGUCAACAUGACCAUGUGGAGUUUAAGUUCCUCUGGCUGUCAUUCUAAGGUCUACAUUUAUAAGAAGACGUCUGUGCCCGGCGUCUUCACCUACUACAGCACUCGUCACCGAAGGGUGAAGGAUGUUACUGUGGUGGAGACCAACUACACAGAGUAUGCCCUGGUCCUCAAACACAAGAAGUUUAACAAGGAGUUCACACAAGUGGCCCUUUAUGGUCGUACUAAGAAGUUGAGGGCAGAUGUGAUGGAGAAGUUCAGAGUGUAUGCCACAGCUCAAGGAUUCCCUAAAGACUCCAUACUGACUCCACCAGCUGCUGGUAAACCACUCAAAUCACUUACACCUGCAAGUUUGACUGUAUCUGGACAAUUAAAGGGGCAGUUCACCCCAAAAUGAAAAUGUGUCAUCACUGACUAACCCUCUUGUCGUUCCAAACCUGUAUGAGUUUCUUUAUUCUGUUGAACACAAAAGAAGAUAUUUUGAAG